UUAUUGACUGUAACAGUGACUGUGUAGGUAGGUAUUGUUAAUGUUAUUAGUGCUUUAUCUAGCAGUACAAUAGGUGCUAUAGAACUAAAUGGCAAUUUAUUUAUUUUGGUGCUGGGGAUUGAUUUUGGUGCUUAGCCUCAUGUGUGCUAAGCUUGCACACUACCACUGAGCUACACUCCCAGACUUCCUAAGUAUAAUUUAAUGUUUAAAGAACUGUAAUGCAUUUUGGAAUGUGUAGGAUUUAUGUAUUUACAACGGACAUUAUAUUGGAUUUAAGAAAACCAAGACAAAAUCAAAGGAAAAUCAUCCAUAAUACCGACAUCAAUAUUUCUGAAAGUCAGUGUCGAUGGCAGUUUUUCCACGUGAUGUUAGUAAUCCAUGUUAAACAGUCUUGGGGACAUUAGUAUAACUCACACAGAAAACAGGAUUAUGGCUCCUUAAAGCUUUUCUCUCGGAUUAAGAGUGUAUAUGUGGAAUUCAUAUUCUAUGGUACCACAUUUCUACUUUGGAAUUCUUUAUUAAUAGCUGUGUCCUACUUAUUUUUCCAUUCCUUCAUUUUAUGUGUGUGUAUUAAACAUGAUGGAUGAGGAGAAAAGAUGAAUGAUAAUUACAGAAUCCGUAUAUUACUGAUUACUUAUGCUAAGCAUUUUUGCUUCCUUACUGAAAAUAAUUUGUUUACUGGUCAUUCUUCUCAUGUUUCUCAUUUUUACAUGUGGACAGUAGUGGAUAAUACUGAGUACUUACAUACUAGUACUGGUACACCAGAUAGGUUAUCUUGUGUAAUUUUUGUGUUACGGCUGUGGAACACCCUUGCUAUGCUCAUUUGUACAAGAGCACUGAGGAUUAGGGAAGGCAAGUGGUGGCUUUACCCUCAAGUAGUCUUAACUGCAGAGCCUACACGCAUACCUACUAAACUGCGUAAUAACUUUGCUCCAGACUCUUAAGAAUAUUAGCAGAUGCUAAUAGUGCCUUUUUGUGUGUGUGUAUGGCUUUUUUUCUUUGCAGAUUUUCUAGUACAAUGGCAACCUCCCGAGGAAGGUCAAAAAAAAGAGCAGCUUUCGAUCUUCCUCCGGAUAACCUGCCUUUGAGGAGCUCCGGUAGGCAGGCAAAGAAAAAAGUAACAGAACCAGCAGAUGAGGAUGAAGAGGUUGGGUCAGAGAAGAAGUACAGGAAAUGUGAAAAGGCGGGCUGUACGGCCGCAUGUCCUGUGUGCUUUGCAAGUGCUUCUGAAAGAUGUGCCAAAAAUGGCUACACAUCGCGAUGGUAUCACCUUUCCUGUGGGGAACAUUUCUGUAAUGAAUGCUUUGACCAUUACUACAGAAGCCAUAAAGAUGGAUAUGACAAAUACAUUACGUGGAAGAAAAUAUGGACCAGCAAUGGCAAAACAGAACCCAGCCCCAAAGCAUUCAUGGCAGACCAGCAGCUCCCCUACUGGGUUCAGUGUACAAAACCUGAGUGUAGAAAAUGGAGGCAGCUUACCAAGGAAAUCCAACUAACUCCCCAGAUAGCAAAGACUUACCGGUGUGGUAUGAAACCAAAUACUACUACUGUUAAGCCCGAGACUCCAGAUCAUUGUUCCCUCCCGGAGGAUCUGAGGGUUUCGGAAGUUUCCAACCAUUGGUGGUACUCCAUGCUCAUCCUGCCUCCUUUGCUGAAAGACAGUGUGGCAGCGCCCCUGCUCUCUGCCUACUACCCAGACUGCGUUGGCAUGAGCCCCUCCUGCACCAGCACAAACCGUGCUGCUGCCACCACCACCACCACUGCCACCACCCCUAGCAGUGCCAGCCCGGGGAAGCUGGAGCCCUCCAAGGUGGCUCCCUCUGCACUUGUUCCAGGCAUGAACCGGUACUUCCAGCCUUUCUACCAGCCCAAUGAAUGUGGCAAAGCCCUCUGUGUGAGGCCUGAUGUGAUGGAACUGGAUGAGCUCUAUGAGUUUCCAGAGUAUUCCCGAGACCCCACCAUGUACCUGGCUUUGAGAAACCUCAUCCUUGCCCUGUGGUAUACGAACUGCAAAGAAGCUCUUACUCCUCAGAAAUGCAUUCCUCACAUCAUUGUUCGGGGUUUGGUGCGCAUUCGAUGUGUUCAGGAAGUGGAGAGGAUACUUUAUUUUAUGACAAGGAAAGGUCUGAUCAACACAGGAGUCCUUACUGUGGGAGCUGACCAGUAUCUUCUUCCUAAAGACUAUCACAAUAAAUCAGUCAUCGUUAUUGGGGCUGGUCCAGCAGGGUUAGCAGCUGCUAGGCAACUGCAUAACUUUGGAAUUAAGGUGAUUGUCCUGGAAGCCAAAGACAGAAUUGGAGGCAGAGUCUGGGAUGACAAAUCUUUUAAAGGCGUCACAGUGGGAAGAGGACCCCAGAUUGUCAAUGGCUGUAUUAACAAUCCAGUAGCACUAAUGUGUGAACAACUUGGCAUCAGCAUGCAUAAAUUUGGAGAAAGAUGUGACUUAAUUCAGGAAGGUGGAAGAAUAACUGACCCCACUAUUGACAAGCGCAUGGAUUUUCAUUUUAAUGCUCUCUUGGAUGUUGUCUCUGAGUGGAGGAAGGAUAAGACUCAGCUCCAAGAUGUUCCUUUAGGAGAGAAAAUAGAGGAGAUCUACAAAGCUUUUGUUAAGGAGUCCGGCAUCCAGUUCAAUGAGCUGGAAGGGCAGGUGCUCCAGUUCCAUCUCAGUAACCUGGAGUAUGCCUGUGGCAGCAACCUCCAUCAGGUGUCCGCUCGUUCCUGGGACCACAAUGAAUUCUUUGCCCAGUUUGCUGGUGACCAUACUCUCCUAACUCCUGGGUACUCUGUUAUAAUCGAAAAACUGGCUGAAGGGUUAGACAUUCGACUCAGCUCCCCCGUGCAAAGUAUCGAUUAUACUGGAGACGAAGUGCAGGUUACCACGACAGAUGGCACAGGGCAUUCUGCACAAAAGGUGUUAGUCACUGUACCAUUGGCCAUACUACAGAAAGGUGCCAUCCAGUUUAAUCCACCAUUGUCAGAGAAGAAGAUGAAGGCUAUCAACAGCUUGGGUGCAGGCAUAAUUGAAAAGAUUGCCUUGCAGUUUCCUUACAGAUUUUGGGACAACAAGGUUCAGGGAGCUGACUUUUUUGGUCAUGUUCCUCCCAGUGCCAGCCAGCGAGGGCUCUUUGCGGUAUACUAUGAUAUGGAUCCCCAGAAGAAGCAGAGUGUGCUGAUGUCAGUGAUCGCAGGGGAAGCGGUGGCGUCCCUUAGGACUCUGGAUGAUAAGCAGGUGCUGCAGCAGUGCAUGACCACCCUUCGAGAGCUAUUCAAGGAACAGGAAGUCCCAGAACCUACAAAAUAUUUUGUCACUCAGUGGAGCACAGAGCCAUGGAUCCAGAUGGCAUACAGUUUUGUGAAGACAUUUGGAAGUGGUGAGGCCUAUGAUAUCAUUGCUGAAGAAAUACAAGGAACUGUCUUUUUUGCUGGUGAGGCAACAAACAGGCAUUUUCCACAAACUGUUACAGGGGCAUAUCUGAGUGGUGUUCGAGAAGCAAGCAAGAUUGCAGCCUUUUAAAUAGAACUUGCCUGGACCCAGCUUUCUUCUGUGCUCCAAAUGAGAAAGUCUGAAACACAGGUGAAACCUGUUUGAUAAGUGUGUGAGGGAGAUCUCUCUGGAUAGUAAAAAUGAAAUGUUUCUAAGGUGGUUUGAAAACAGAAGGCCAUCUCACCAUUCUGAAAGCACACAGUCCACAAAAUCCUAAGCACUUAUAUUUAAUUGCAUUUUCCAUAACUCCAACUAAGGCUAAGUCUUCUGACUUUCAGAAGAAGGCAGAAUAUAACCUUGAGACCUUGGAUAAGAUUCUUCCAACUGGGGUUUCCUCAGAUAUGACAUCUUGUUUGACUGAUUUAAUUUCCAUACAUUAUAAAACCAACUAGAUAAAGCCAUGUGUUUUUCUUCUGUGACAAUUUAUCAGUAUCUUUACCAAUGAGCCUUAAUAUUUUUAUACAGCUCCAAUAUUGACUUUCCUUAAAAUUUAGACUGAAUUCUUUUUGAUACAACAAACUCCAGCUGAAAGUAAGAUGAGCCUUCUAGACUAUUUUAUACUGUAUAUACUACUUCCUGUUGGGUGUUCAAAAGAAACUUAAAUUCAGGUAUCUUUUGUGGUAUUUUAGAUCUGUGCACUCAUCAGAACAGAAAAAAAUCUCAAUCUCUUAAUAUAUCAUUGAGUAUAGGGUGCAGAAUGUGGUCUUCACACUAAAGACAUGGCAUAUAGCUAUUCAUCAAGCCAGAUUUGGCGGGGGUAGCACACUUUAAAUAUCCUUAGUUUUGGCAACCACUAGCAAAAAAGAUCUUACCGGAAUAAUAAAAGCCACUCCUUCUUUUUAAAAUGUUUUAGUCUGCAGGAAUACUUUCUGCAUAAUUAUGCUUAGUUUCCCAUAGGCAGGUUCACUGGAAAACUGCAGAAAAACCUAAGUUCUCCUGGUGAAUAUUAUACAUUUAUAAGCCAUAUAGUAAAAGCCUGAGAACAUGGCAAACAUUUCUUUCAUAUUAAUACACGUUGGUUCCAGGGUCUUUAGGAUGUCUAUUUUGCUAAGAAACCUCAGUUUAUAGGUUGGAAAUAUGCUUGUUUAAAAUCUUUGAAUAAAUAUUUGAAUUACAUUAUGCUUUAAAAAGGAGGUUAAAAUGACUUUAAAGCCACUUUGCAAAAUAUUCAGUAUUUUUGAAAUUUAAAAUCAAUCUGUAAGUAUAAAGAAUAUCUUUAUACACAAGUCUCCCCUUA